AUGGCUCGUCUCGAGGAUCCGACUGCCCUCACUCAGCUUCCUGAAGAGGCCGCCCGAGUGCGCUACACCUCUUCCCAGCUACAAGACUACUUCAAAACGAUCAAGCUUCCUCAGAGGUUUCUAGACCUUGGCAACAGUGUGUUGAACAACCCCUCGCUUGCCCGAACAAAAGAACACGGUCUCCCUUUAUUGCAAGCCAUAACACGCUAUCACACAUGUAACGUCCCGUUCGAGAAUCUCGUACUUCACUAUGAUCCUCACAAAAUCGUCACCCUGGACCCUGCAGAGCUAUACACCAAGAUUGUAACUCGACGUCGAGGAGGGCGCUGCAUGGAGAACAACAUCUUUCUCGGCACUGCACUUCGCUCGCUUGGUUAUGAAGUGCGUAACUGCGGUGGUCGUGUAUCACGCGCCAUGAGCCCUUACCCAGAGGUUCGCAAGAAUCAGAGCGCUACUUACGAUGGCUGGAACCAUAUGCUUCUUCUCGCUCUCCUGGACAACGAAUGGUACGGCGUCGAUGUAGGAAUGGGUUCCAUGGGACCUAAUCUCCCUUUUCCGCUCAAAGAUGGGUUCGAGACUCUGAGUAUUGCACCGCGUGAGAUCCGCAUUCAAAGACGGUCCAUCUCAGAGACACAUGCCACGGAUCCUUCCCACGGAACCAAAAUGUGGUGUUACGACGUCUGUUACAACCCAGCAGAGGGUGAAAAGACAUGGACACCUGUGUAUUGUUUCACAGAAACAGAGUUCCUGCCCCAGGACUACGAGGUCAUGUCUUGGUUCACAUCGACGAACCCGAGAUCAUUCUUCACCAGGUAUAUCACCUGUACUAAGAUGAUUAUGGAUGAGGACAAGGAGGUGAUUAUCGGAAACCUCACCCUGUUCAAGGACACUGUUAGGGAGACAAUUGGCAGUGACCGUAAAGUUGUUAAGAAAUUUGAGACGGAAGAGGAGCGUAUCCGAGGUUUGGUUGAGAUUUUUGAUGUCAAUUUGACCGAGGAGGAGAAAAACAGCCUUCCUCAGGAGAAGAGACUUGGGUAG